AUGGACAUGCUGCGCUUCCACAAGUUCACAAUCGGCCACGCCUGGACAACAGACUAUGGCAACCCCGACAACGCGGAGGACUUCGCCUACAUCCUGCCCUACUCGCCGCUGCACAACGUGCGUGCUCCCGGCGGCGGCGAGGGCCAGUACCCUGCGGUGCUGCUGGCUACCGGCGACCACGACGACAGGGUGGUGCCUCUCCACAGCCACAAGCUAAUAGCCACUUUGCAGCACGAGCUGGCCGCGGGCAACCCCACCAGCAGCAAGCAGCGCAACCCCCUGCUCAUCAGGGUCGAGGUGCGCGCGGGCCACGGCGCCGGCAAGCCGACCGCCAAGGUGAUCCAGGAGACGGCAGACCUCAUGGCCUUUGCUGCCAAGGCGUUGGGCGCCGAGUGGAGGGGUGGGCCCACCAAGUCGUGA